GUUCCUUCAACAAACGACUCACCCAAUCUAUUAUAUUUCACACACGCUUUUACAUUUCAUUAUUUUAUUUUUACAGGUGUCUAUGAUUACGUCUACGAAAACUGGCUCAAAGACUAUAAAGAAAUGUUCGUUUAUGCGUGGACCGAUAAGUGUCGCAACUUUGGUCAGCGCACCACCAACAGAGUUGAGAGCCAGCACGCAAAUUUAAAAAGAUACAUUACGCGCGGGAGUUCAUUGGAGCGAAUAGCAAGAUGCAUCAUUGAUAUAGUUGAAACUCAGUACGAUGAAAUACAAAAAAGUUUCACUGAGAGCAUCGAAAAAACGAUGAACCACCACAGACACCGAAUGUUGGACAACCUACGUGGAAAGGUUUCCCAUGAAGCACUUGAUUUGCUGGAAAAAGAGCUACUGAGGAAGAUGGAUGUGUUGCGGAAACUUAACGCAUCAUGUGGUUGCCAUAUGUGGCUUAGCAAAGGAUUGCCGUGUGCUUGUAGGCUGGAAAACUACACACGUACAGGGCGUAUAAUACAACUCGACGAGAUAGAUGUAUUCUGGCGUAAGCUUGACUUGCUCCCUUGUAAACUGGUAGACGAGGAGGUCGAUAUUGUAGCAGAGCUCAAUAAUGUGCGGCAACAUUUAGAGGCGCAGUCCCCCGUUCAGCAAAAGAGUAUGCUUUCAAAGAUAAAAGCGGUUUUCACCCCGAAAUCGUCAACCAAGAAACCACCGAUCGUCCAGCAAAACACUCGCGGUCGGCCUACUUCAAAGAAAGUACAAGAAAGGCUAGAUGAAGCUGCGAGGUUAGACCAAGCUGCGAGAUACAGCUCCUGUGGCGAGGACAGCAACGUAAUUACCGCUUCCCCCAAGCAUAGGUACGAUUUACCCCGACACAGCUCAUACGUACCGUCAGAGGGCUCUCGUGGAACUGGUUCGUUUGUGAAGUCUGAAAAACCUAAAAUGCAACCAAACAGUUCAACAAGUUCUAAAAAGAAGGAGACGAGGGAUGAUAAGGUUUUUCCAUUAAUAAAGGGGGACGAGCACUUGUUAUGCAUUAAGAGGUUUAAGAAUCAAAUUCCAUCAGAGUUUCGCUCUUACAUAUCGCGUAUACAAGAUGUGACCCCAGACGGUCAUUGUGGGUACAGGUCUGUGGCUGUCGGGUUAGGUUUUACGGAACACGCAUGGCCCAAUAUUCGAAGAGAUUUACUGCUGGAGAUUGACCAUAACAAACCGCGUUGGAAGCAUGUAUUCGAAACAUAUAACGAAGGAGACUUUAAACGAAUACGUAAGAGCAUCGAAUGGCAUUCAGUGAAAGGGUGCGAUCAAAGUCACUGGAUGGAAAUGCCCCAGGUAGGGCUUCUCAUAGCGCAAAGGUAUAAUAUUGUCCUCCACGUGCUAAGCAUUGAAUGGAGCUCUACCAUCUUCCCAUUAACGGAUGCCCCACUAGAUCCACGACCUCAAGCGAUAACGCUUAUACAUGUUCACGGGGGACACUUCAUACAUGCUAAGUUGGAAGGAGACUACCCCAUGCCUUUAGUGAACCCGCUGUGGUCGGCACAUCGAUCAAUAGCUGCGAAACGGUGGGAAGAAAUGUAUACACCGCGGUUAGAGCACUACUACGAGUUAAUGCAUCCUAAAUCAGACCGAGACAAAGACAGAGAACCGAGUUUAAAUGUUAUCGAAGAUUAAGCGGAAACUUGUAUUUUUGUAAAUUGUAGAAAUUUUUUAAUUUAUAAAGUUUUUAUCAUUUUUAAUUCAUUUAUAAUUUAUAAUUUAUAAUUCAAAUUUUUAUAAACAUAAUUUUUGGAUUAUUUUUAGUUUCUCUAAAUACAAACCAAGAAAAAAACAAAAAAAAAAG